GCCAGCCCAGUCUACCCUACUCUUCACAGCCCGCCCGCCCGCCCACCUCAAACUGCAGCCAUGGACGCCAUCAAGAAGAAGAUGCAGAUGCUGAAACUGGACAAGGAGAACGCCAUCGACCGUGCCGAGCAGGCCGAAGCCGACAAGAAGCAAGCCGAGGACCGAUGCAAGCAGCUGGAGGAAGAGCAGCAGGCCCUCCAGAAGAAGCUGAAGGGGACAGAGGAUGAGGUGGAAAAGUAUUCCGAGUCCGUGAAGGACGCCCAGGAGAAGCUGGAGCAGGCGGAGAAGAAGGCCACGGAUGCUGAAGCAGAUGUGGCCUCUCUGAACCGCCGCAUCCAGCUCGUUGAAGAGGAGUUGGACCGGGCACAGGAGCGCUUGGCUACAGCCCUGCAAAAGCUGGAGGAGGCUGAGAAAGCAGCGGAUGAGAGCGAGAGAGGAAUGAAGGUCAUUGAAAACCGGGCCAUGAAAGACGAGGAAAAGAUGGAGCUGCAGGAGAUGCAGCUGAAGGAAGCCAAGCACAUCGCUGAGGACUCAGACCGCAAAUACGAGGAGGUGGCCAGGAAGCUGGUGAUCCUGGAAGGAGAGCUGGAGCGCUCAGAAGAGAGAGCUGAGGUGGCUGAGAGCCGAGCCAGACAGCUGGAGGAAGAGCUUCGAACCAUGGACCAGGCCCUCAAGUCGCUGAUAGCCUCAGAGGAGGAGUAUUCCACCAAAGAGGACAAAUACGAAGAAGAGAUCAGACUUCUGGAGGAGAAGCUGAAGGAGGCUGAGACCCGAGCAGAGUUUGCUGAACGAUCUGUGGCAAAGCUGGAGAAAACCAUUGACGACCUGGAAGAUGAAGUCUACGCACAGAAGAUGAAAUACAAGGCCAUCAGCGAAGAGCUAGACAACGCACUCAAUGACAUCACUUCCCUCUGAGUCCACACCACGGUGGUGGCCGCUGUCGCGGGCUCCCUGCUUCUCUUUCUGUUCUCUCUGAGGGGAUUUUGGCAACAUUGCAUAGCCAGGCCGAGGGCAGCCUAGGGAGCGUGUCUGUCACUCCUGCCACCCACUAGGGCACUGGCUUUAUCCUGCUAUCUGUCCACCAUCCACUGACCUCCACCCCCUCUUCCACUACCUAAUAAACUCUGAACUUAGUCUCCA